UUUAUAUAAGUACGUCUUAUUCUGGAAGCACUUUCCUAUAUAAGCAUCUAAAGACCUCUAUCAACAAUCCGCACACAACUAAUUAAACCACACCGCUCAUUUUAGUUCCUUACUAGUUGCACUUGAGAUCUUGGAGAUGGACAUCUCUUUUGCUGGAUGCGUAGCUCUCUGUGGGGUUACGCUUGUGAGUGCAUGGCUAGUACACUGGGUAUACAGAUGGAUGAACCCUUUCUGCAACGGGGUUCUUCCUCCCGGCUCCAUGGGGUUCCCCAUUAUUGGUGAGACCUUGGCCUUCCUCAAGGCAAGCCCUUCCUUGGACAUCCCAGACUACUUCAAACUAAGGAUGAAGAGGUAUGGUCCGGUUUUCAAGACGAGCUUGCUGGGGCAGCCGGCGGUGAUCUCCACCGACGCGGAGGCCAACCGGUUUAUCCUUCAGCAGGAAGGCACCAUGUUCCGUCUUGGGUACCCUCGGGCACUCACCAAGAUAUUCGGCGAGAAGAGCAUCGAGGCCUUCCAUGGCACCAUCCACAAGUUCAUCCGUAGAUGCGCCUACAUGUUGUUCGGCCUCCAGACCCUCAAGGAGACGCUCCUCCCUGAGAUGGAGGCCUCCGUGAGGGAGCGCCUCGCCGCGUGGGCCGCCAUGCCCAGCGUCGACGUGCGUGGCGGUGCGCCCGAUAUUAUGUUCGAGCUGGUGACUAGGAAAUGCCUGGGAUUCGAUUCCACAAAGUCCAGGGAGCUGAGGAGCAAGUUCGACACGCUUUUCUCAGGGCUCUUCUCAUUCCCGAUAUAUUUCCCUGGGACACCAUUUUACCGAUGCAUGCAGGCAAGGAAAAAUAUUCACAAGACACUGCGGGAUACGUUGGCAGAGAGGUUAGGUGCACCAGCGAAGAAACAUGGCGACCUCCUCGACAUAAUCGUCGAGGAGCUGCAGGGUGAAGAGCCAUCGAUAAGUGAGGAUUUUGCUAUUGAUAUGCUCUCCACCUUGUUGUUCGCCAGCGUCUUCACGCUGUCAGGAACCAUCGCUGUAGCAUUCAAGUCACUCCAUGACAACCCGGACGUUGUCCAGGCGCUCCAGAAGGAGAACCGGGCUAUGCUCAAUGGUCGAAUGGGUGGGUGCUCCGGGCUCACAUGGGAGGAGUACAAGUCAUUGACAUUCACUAAUCAGGUGACCAAUGAGAUCAUUCGAAUAAGCAAUGCUGCACUUGUAGUAUUUAGAAAAGCUCUUACAGAUGCACAAGUCAAUGGCUAUACAAUUCCAGCUGGAUGGCUGGUCAUAGUCAACCCCAUGGCAGUUCAUCUGAACGGAGAAUUGUUCGAAGAUCCACUCAAAUUUAACCCAUGGAGGUGGAUGGAUGAGUCAAAGCGCAGCGCAAUGCUGAAGAAUUUCAUGCCAUUUGGAGCAGGCAUCAGGGUUUGUCCUGCCGCAGAGUUUGUCAAGCUGCUCGUAACACUUACCCUCCAUGUCUUGGUGACCGAGUAUAAAUGGGAAGAAAUGAAACAAACAGAUGUAUUCAGAAGUGGAGAUGUUAUGUUCCCGCAGGGCUACCACAUUCGACUUCAACCCCAAGACGAUAACUGAUGCAUACAUAUACCAACAGGAAACUAAGCCUAUGAGACUUCUCAGUUCUACCACAAUAUCUAAAUGUCAUGGUUAUGAACCCGGAUGUUUCUAUGGACUACUAAGCAUUAUACCCUUGUUACUUGGGGCAUUCAUGUGAACUGGAUUUUGCAUUAUUGUUUUCACAUCUAUUUGGACGGUGUUACCAAUCGUCAUUUUGUUUACCAUUGAAUAAAAGUGCCAUCAUAUAUCCUAUGACUAUAAAUCUGGUAUUUAAGUGAGUUUGCCCGGUUAUUUUUCUUCCAUGGUGUGCAUUUGUAUUCGAUUGAACUGUGUUUGAUAUGACAGCAAGAAAAUAAAAG